AAUAAGUAGUUAUUGCGUUGUAAAGUGUUUUCUUUUGUCUUGUAGUGGCGGUAAUAAUCGAAGACGAAAUGGUAACCAACGAUAGACCUCGAUUGCGUCGCACGCUUCGCGAGAUGGCGGAGAACAGCACAAUCCAUGGUCUACCAAAAAUAUUCCAAUCCAAGCAAACAUAUUUGAAGAUCAUAUGGUUGGUAGUGUUUCUAGCAACUACCGGAUAUGUCACCUACCAGCUCAGUAAACUGUUCGAGGCGUAUUUCGAAUGGCCAAUUAAAACUACUGUCAAACUGAAAUACAACCCAUUGCAGUUCCCGGCCGUGUCCUUUUGCAAUAUGAAUCCAAUCAAGCGCUCAUAUAUCAAUUACACUAGCGAGGAAGUACUCUCUAUCCUGAGCCCAGAGCUGGCAACGAGGAACAUAUUAAAUGAGGCAGAUACAAUGGACGACAAUAUAACCGUGCCCUCCAUUGACUCGGUUAGCGGUUCUGGAAUAGAUUAUGGACAACUUGGCAACCUGGAUGAAAACUUGAAAGAUAUCAACUUUCUUCAUGACAAUGGAGACCUUGAUCCCGCUAACUACGACAAUAAUUAUGGCAAUCUACCUCCCGAUUACCUUGGUAACCCUUUUCCUGGCCAAUAUGAUUUCAAUUUCGGUAACGGUUAUGAUGAUUACGGCCUUCAUGAUUACUCAGAUGACAUUGCUGACCCAUUCCGCGACAUUGAUGACGAACUAAUUAGAGAAUUGAUGGCUUAUGAUGACACCGGGGCCCCGCGGGAACAGUGGAUUAGCCGUAUAGAAGCCUUCAAAGAUGCCUUUAUGAAUGAACCAAGAGAAAACAGAUAUGAGAUGGGGCAUUCCAUUGAGGAUAUGUUGGUUUCUUGUAGCUACAACGCACGCAAAUGUUUUCCAGAAGAUUUCAAAUUAUUCCAAAGUUCGGAGUAUGGAAACUGUUUCACACUUGAGUCCUCCAAAUAUUUCUCCAGAAAACCAGGUCCUUUGAACGGAUUGUGGCUGACUCUAAAUCUAGAAAUUCUUGAGUACAUCACCAGCUUCGUUACCGGGUAUGGCAUCAAGCUUCUAAUCCACCAGCCAGGCACAGUUGUAUUCCCUACAUUAGAGGGAAUAGUCCUCAGUCCAGGGCAUGAGACCAGCAUCGCCUUGAGAAUGGUGAAUGUCAAGCGGCUAGGACCACCCUAUGGCGAAUGUUCGAAAGGGGAAGCAUUCCAAAAGACUUUUGGCAUUCAUUAUACAAUACCAGCGUGUAUCAAGCUGUGUAAACAUCACUGGGUGAUAAAGAAGUGUGGUUGUGUGCCUAAGUUGGAUAUAGAGGUGGCGGAAGACGAGGACAAGCACGAUGAAAGCUACUACCUAUAUGACGAUGGUGUCCGUGACUGUGACGCUAAAGAUCGAGACGAUACGAGAUGUCAGUUGACGGUGGAAUCUCUGUAUUUGAAGGGGUCUCUGGAUUGUUCGUGCGGGAGCCCGUGCGAAGAGAUUGUGUACGAGAAGACAAUAUCGGGACGACCCUGGCCAAACGAUAUUUAUCUGAAAUACGUGCUGAUGAAGAACAUGUGUCAGAACAAAACGUUGCCCUACUUAAAGGAAUUCUGUAGCAACUUCCUCAACAAUUCGGACGCCACCAAUAUUUCAGCUUCCCGUAACAACUUUUUACGGACAGUGAUUUACUAUGAAGACAUUAACUAUGAAGUCAUCACGGAAAGUCCUCUGUAUGAUGAGUUUCAGUUUCUCUCAAACAUAGGGGGCACGCUAGGCCUGUUCUUGGGGGCAUCUGUCAUCAGCGCUGUUGAGAUCAUCCACCUCUUCAUUGAGACCAUCUUGUACUUUCGACGUCGGAUACACCACAGGAAGAAGAUCAAGGACAGCAUAAAAAUCAAUGUAAAGCCUAUUCCCAAGAAGCAGGAGGACGAGGUUGAAGCUAGGUUUUGAUAGACAUAUAGGUUGACGAAGAUUGAGGCAAGAGUGUAGACACCCUUGUUACUUGGAAAGUUAUUUCACUUGUACAACGUACCUCUGGAUUGUCAUGAAAAAUUCGAAAGCUCAGUCACCACCAUCUUGUGGAUAAAACAAAAAGACUAGUUUUAGCUUUCGAUUGACUUCAAAAUAAUCUCAGGGUCGCUAUAUACCGCCAAAUCAAUUAUCUUUGAACUUGGCUGUUGUCCUUUGUAAUCUUCAAAUCAAACUCAUCAGUUUAGGGGUUGGUCAGGUUUUCCCCCUGUCACCAAUCAAAUAGCUUGUAGCAUGCAAUCAAGUUUGCCAAAGUUAACGUAACCCCUGGAGUCUCGAAGUCCGAAGUGUAUUAAGGUCAAAGCAUUCUGGAGUUUCCAUAUGGUUGCUACUGGUUCAUGUAGUAUUCACUCCAAAAAAAUGGUUUGUGAUCAAUGUUAAGACAACACAGAAAAUGGAAUCUUCGUUUUCAACGGAAAGUCACAGUGGUUUGUUUACAUGUGUUUUGAUAUGGAAAUUAUUUGUAAUUGUCCACCUAAUAACUUGGCUUGCCAUAAAUAAUACACAAGGGGUCCUACACGUGCAUACACAUUAAAUACUGUAUGUAUUCAAUUGGCCACUUAAGCAAUUUGCAAACAAUGCAAUGUUCAAAUUUACAAUGGCUGUCUUGUUUACGAAACACUUAAUUAUUGAAUAAAGUCAAAUGCUUUUGUUUGUUUGUUUGUUUGUUUGGGUUAAACUGCCCAUCGACGGCUGUGGUCAUCUGCAAGAACUUUUUGUGCUGUACUUCAUAUUAAUAUUUAUAAUACAUUAUUAAUAGCGAUGUUUCAUAUCUUUAUCUAUUUAUUUAUUUAAUUAUUUAUUUAUUCAUGUAUUUGUUGUUAACGGCUGUUGUGCUCAGUUUUUUUUUACACAUAUCCACAGCAACUGAUGUAUAAGAUAUUGCCAUCAUUUACAAAGCCACUGGUUAGCGUUUCAUCCCUCGCACUUCCGCUUUGUAUCCAUCAUCUCAACAUAACACAUGUAUGCUCUUCAAAGCAAUUCAUUUUGUUUGCCCGCUAGCUUAUCCAGGGAAUGAUUUCUCUUGUAGCAAAAUUCUUUUAGAUGCUGUAUUGCAUAAGUUGGUAAUUUCGUCAAGUUUAACUGUCGAUAUAUCUGCGUGGCAUAUAGUCUACUUACACGUUUUAGUGAAAACGAUAAGUGUUUUAAAAUGGCAUAAUAGACAACCGAUAGUUCACCUUUAGACUAGACCACUUUGCUUCAAUUCCCCGAUAGACGUUAAAUUUGUUAUUGAUAUAAAUGAGAUAAUUAAUUCACAAUACCGAUGUCCAUCCUGUUUUACCAUGUAUCAUUGUUAUCCAUUUGUUAAUGUUCAUAUUCUCUGCACUGUACUGUUUAUGAGAAUAAACAAUUGUCAUUGUGUCAUUGUGAACACUAAUCUAGUUCACAUUAAGACUUCCCCUUUAUGACCCCAUCCGAGCCGAUAAUGGUGAUUUAUAUUAACAGAUAAAGCGUGUUAUAUGUUGUCAUUUGUUAAAAUCAUAAUUCAAAGUGUGCUGUAUGAUUUUGGUCUUUUGAUAUAUCUUCUUCUAGAACUAGGGUGAGAUCAUUCAAUAUUAGAAUAUAGCUGGGCAAUUCGUUACAAAAACUUAACCUAGGGGUGAUGUCCAGUCUAUCAGUGAUCGAACAAUGUCGUUUCAGUAUAAAAUCAAAUUAGAAAGGAUAACUUUUAUAUUCUAUAGAUAUAUUAUGUAUUUCAUAAGAUAUAUAUAUCCUAUAUUUGUAUAU